AUUUCGACAGCUGGGGGAUAACCGAGAAGCCAGGUGGAAUCAGAUUGCAUUGGAGGCGUCAGAGCGUUCGUAUAUGGUGGAUAUGUGGGCUGCCAACGGUGACUUUCCUUUUCGCCGCAAAGCAUUCAACGCACAUUCAACGCACAAUAUGGCAAGCUCGGAAUAUGCUUACGUUGUUGCUGAGCUAUGGACAUCUCUUCCUGAGCAGUUUCGACGCCCAGGGACGUCAGAACAUUCGCAAAAUCAGAAACGCGGCCGACCCCUCGACUCCUUCCUCGAAGGGCCUGUAUACGUGCCCACCAUCGCCCUGCUUUUCGUCACCGACAUUCCCUACGGACGCAUCUUCUCAGUUAACCCCAUUACGGCCGAAUGGUCUUUGGUCGUUGAAUAUGAUGGCGAACCGAACGGAAUGGCAUGGAAUCCAAUUUCUCGAACGAUCGUGGUCGCCGACUUCAAGCAAGGCAUCCUGUCUCUCGACCCCGAAACUAGACGGCUCGAAACGCUCGCCUCUCGCUACCACGGGGAACGACUCAAAGGGCCCAAUGAUCUGGUUGUCAGUGACGACGGUAUCAUCUUCUUUACCGAUCAGGGAAUGACAGGCCUCCAUGACCCAACCGGUAGGGUCUAUCGACUUCAUCCCGACGGCAAACUCGACCAUAUCCUCACGAAUAGGCCUUCCCCCAAUGGCCUUGUGCUCAGCCGUGACAGGACGGCGCUGUUUGUGGCCAUUACUCGUGACAAUUCUGUCUGGCAUGUGCCUUUCUACGCCGAUGGUUCUAUGCAGCGAGUUGGUCGGUUUUCGAAUUACUUUGGUAUUGGCAGACCAGAUGGAAUGGCUUUGGGCGUGGAGGGAAAUACAUUCGUUGCGCAUUCGACUCUCGGGACGAUAUUCAUGCAUCGGGCAAAUGGAGAGCUAAUGGCGAAGAUUCGAAGCCCGCAAGGAACGGGAACAACCAAUUUUACAUGGGCUGGAGAAGGAUCAAAUGUACUGUACAUCGUAGAGAGCGAGACGGGGUCGGUAUUGAGGCUUGGCUGGCAUUGUGCUGGAUGUUUGUAGAUUAACAUGCAUACGGAUCACAUGUAGUGAAUGCUUACAUUCGCUUCUGAAUAUAUCAGGU